AAGAAACUUAUACUAAACCAUAUCCAUAUACUAAAUCAGGUAGUAGUACUGGGCAUUUGACAUACCAUCUCUGUGAAAAGCACGAUAUCACUGCAAAUAAUUAUAAAGAACAUCUUGAUUCUCAUCAAGAA